AUGUGGAUUCAGGGCGUCACCACCUCGCCUUGUAACGACCUGACGAAUUCAGAUUGUCUAUGCAAAGACACCAGCCUAUACAACCAAGCACAGACGUGCGUUCUUACCAACUGCACCGGCCCCGAUGCUCUCAGGAGAGUCCAGGCCGAGUUGUGCCAGAGGCCUCUGAGGUUGAACAAACUUAUGCUCCUCGCCAUGAACGCCCUGCAUGCGCUGGCCCUUGCUGUCCUCUGUCUACGGCUUUACGGCCGGUGGCAUACCUUGAGAACAUUCGGAAACGACGACUGGGCGGCUCUAGUGGUACUUGUCUUCUACUUUGGGGAGACGGUCUACGUAUUGCUCCUGGGCCUCACCAAAAUCUCGAUGCUCUUAUUCUUCCUUCGCGUGUUCCCACCCCCGAAUUUCAGGAGACUCACCUACAUAACGAUAGGGCUUCUGGCCUUGUCGACGGCGACCUUGUGCAUGGCCCAGAUCCUGCAGUGCAUCCCGGUGGACAAGGUCUGGCUCGGCUGGCAGGAACCGGGCUUCCUGGUGAACGGAGGGUCCAGCAGGUGCAUCAACGUCAAUAGGCUGACCUACGCUUCAGCCGGGGUCAGCAUCCUAUUCGACGUCAUCAUUCUGCUGCUGCCGCUGCCAAUCAUCAUCAGGCUGGACGCGACGCGGCGGCUGCGGGCUGAGAUCGUCGUCAUGCUCAGCGUCGGGGUCCUGGUGCUCAUUACCAGCUGCAUCCGCAUGCGCUACAUUGCCGUCUUUGCCGACAGCACCAACCCGACCUGGGACGCCACCGACGCCAUCCUCUGGGCCAACACCGCCGAGUCUUCCCCGUUUCGAUCGCCGCGCAUAACGCGCAGAUCCCGCCGGUUCUCCAUCAAGAGCGAUGCCGGUGCUGGUUCAGAGCAGCCGCGGCGCAAGAAGGAGACGAGGCCGGAGAGCAGCAGCUCAACGGGGAAUCGGGAUCUGCGGGUACGGGUCGAGGACCUGAGGGCGGAGUUUGGCGACGAUAUUGCUCUGGAAAUGACGAGCGGCCCUCACGCGAAGGCGAUUGACAGAAUAGUCUAG